UUAUGAAGUACAUAUAUGGCUAUAAUAUAUCUCAAAAUUUAGUAACUAGUUGAUAAUACCUACUUGAGUGUACAUAGCCAAUACACUAAGAUGCGGCUAUGUGCACUCGAGUGCACAUAGCCACUUCCUAUUUAUAUCUCUAGAUACAUAGUGACGCAAAUACUUUUUUCUCUAAUAGUUUUACAGCUUCUUUCUCAUAUGCAGGAAGAAUGCUGGUUUAAUCUAAACUUGUUCGACAGUCUUACUCUAAUAUACUCGUGAAGAACUUGUGGUGCGAUUUUGACUAUCACACAAUCUCACACGGAUGUAACAAAAGCGAUACUUUUGUGAAAAAAAGAAAAUAAUUAGAAGGAAUAUCUUACUCUAGUAAAGUUGUCUGUUGUUUUCUCUAAUUUGUCUUAAGCUGUCAGUUUUUUUCAUGUAGACAUAGUCAAGUAGAAUCUCAUUCUAAUUAAUUGGUUUUCUCAAAAAGGUCUUUUAAGAACGCUGAUAUUUUAAAAAACUAACUUCCAAGAAACAUUCACAAAAGAAUAGAAUUCAUUUAUUUCCUUGCAAAUAAAUGAAGUAAGAUUGGCAAAAAUUUAUUCCAUUUGUACUGUGUCACGUCGCUAACGCUAGCUUCCUUUCAAUAGCUUCUUUUAACAAGUCACUAUAAAGCUAAUUUUGGUAAUUUCUGUGCAACUCUUUCACAUAAGUAUCUCUAUAAAAAUCACCUCUAAUGAGAGCUCCUUUGCAAACAUAUUCAUGUUUCAAUUUUACGCAUUUAAGUUGCUAACGAAUGAUUUUACCCAUAUGAUUGUUUUUCAACGAUGUAUCUUCUUAGACCAGUUUUAGAAAGGUGGAUAUUCAAACAGUUAAAAAAUACAAAUAUUAUUGAAUUAUUUACAUCAUUUUAAUCACUACCAUUUCCAGCAAAUAAUUCAUAAAAUAAAAACAAUUCAACUAAGUAUUAAGCAACAAAAAUUAUUUAAUUUAAACGAUGAUGAUUUACAAUUCAUAUCAGAUGAUGAUGAAAUUUAUCUUAGUCAACUUACUGGGUCAGUUCCGAAUAAACAACUUGAAUAUAACGAAAUUUCAAAUGAUAAGAAUGAAUUAAAUAAUAUAUUGCUACCAAAUAAUAAUGAUACAUUGUAUGAAGCAAUAUCAGAUGAUGAUAAUGAAAGAAAUUUACCAUUACCAUCAUAUGAUAAUGACUUAUAUGUUAACAGCCAUAAUAUGGUUGAUGGUGUCAGUGAUUAUGAACAACAACAAUCUUUCAAUAAGAAACUUCAGUUAUAUAGAGGAACACGGUCAGCUGAAGCUCGAAAACGACGAAAUCGAAAAAGAAAUCUUUAUUUCCAAAUGCGACGUUAUAGAUAUUUUACUACUCGUUCAUUCUACUGUAGAUUUACAAUCAAAUUAGUUCGGCACAUUCUUGCUAAAUAUAAUAUUCAUUAUAUUCAUGUGAAAUUAUUUGAUGAUUUAUUAAUUAUUGAUGUAAAAAACAAAAUAAUUCAACAACAAUAUGAACGAAGAGUACCCGGUGAUAUAUUUCAUAAACAUUAUUAUUACCUGUUUCGUCAUGAAGCUUGA